CUCUCUCUCUCUCUCUCUCCCCCCCUCUCCCUCUCUCUCUCACUCUCUGUGUCAUUUUUGUACGUUUGAAAAAUAUUUCAACCAAUCCUAUUCUUCCCUAAACCCCCAAAACCCCCCUUCACACUCUCAGCCCCCGCAGCUUUCCACUCACGCGCCGCCAUGCAAGCGGCUCUGAUUUCACCAUCUUCAUGGCCCACCAUCAGAACUUUCAUUACCCAAAAUGGGUCCCACCCAAGAGCUCCGUUCACCGUCAGAGCAUCGGUAUCGGACGCUGUUCAGUCACCUCCUUCCAUUGCUGUCGAAUCCCCACCUACCCAGAAGCUCAACAAGUACAGCUCUCGAGUCACUGAGCCCAAAUCCCAAGGUGGGUCUCAGGCAAUUCUGCAUGGUGUUGGACUUUCCGAUGACGAUUUAAGUAAACCCCAGAUUGGGAUAUCAUCGGUUUGGUACGAAGGGAACACCUGCAACAUGCACCUCUUGAGCCUCUCUGAGGCUGUGAAACAGGGUGUCACAGAAGCUGGCAUGGUUGGGUUUAGAUUCAAUACCGUUGGGGUCAGUGAUGCUAUCUCUAUGGGUACUAGAGGAAUGUGCUAUAGUUUGCAGUCAAGAGAUUUGAUUGCUGAUAGUAUUGAGACUGUUAUGAGUGCUCAGUGGUAUGAUGGCAAUAUCUCAAUUCCUGGUUGUGACAAAAAUAUGCCAGGUACAAUCAUGGCAAUGGGCCGGCUUAACCGACCAAGUAUUAUGAUAUACGGUGGAACUAUCAAGCCUGGGCAUUUUCAAGGUCAUACGUAUGAUAUAGUAUCUGCCUUCCAGUGUUAUGGAGAAUAUGUUAGCGGAUCCAUAAGCGAUGAGCAGAGGAAGAAUGUAGUACUGAACUCUUGUCCUGGGGCCGGGGCUUGUGGUGGAAUGUAUACAGCAAACACAAUGGCCUCUGCCAUUGAAGCUAUGGGAAUGUCUCUUCCAUACAGCUCUUCAACGCCCGCUGAGGACCCAUUGAAGCUAGAUGAGUGUCGUUUAGCUGGAAAAUAUCUUCUAGAACUAUUGAAAAUGGACUUGAAACCACGAGAUAUUAUCACUCCAAAGUCACUACGUAAUGCGAUGGUUAUUGUCAUGGCACUUGGUGGGUCUACCAAUGCUGUGUUACACUUGAUUGCUAUUGCAAGGUCUGUUGGUCUGGAAUUGACCCUUGAUGAUUUUCAGAAGGUUAGCUAUGAGGUCCCAUUUCUUGCAGAUCUUAAGCCUAGUGGGAAAUAUGUUAUGGAGGAUGUCCACAAGAUUGGAGGAACCCCAGCAGUCAUUCGCUACCUUUUGGAGCUUGGAUUUUUGGAUGGGGAUUGUAUGACGGUUACUGGGAAGACACUAGCUGAAAAUGCAAAAAGUUUCCUUCCUUUGUCCCAAGGGCAGGAUAUUAUAAGACCAUUGGAAAACCCCAUAAAAAAAACUGGUCACAUCCAAAUAUUGUACGGAAAUCUUGCACCAGAGGGAUCUGUAGCAAAGAUUACUGGAAAGGAGGGGCUUUAUUUCUCUGGUCCUGCACUUGUCUUUGAAGGAGAGGAAGCAAUGAUUGCAGCUAUCUCAGAGAAUCCAAUGAGUUUUAAGGGUAAAGUUGUGGUUAUUAGAGGAGAAGGACCUAAGGGAGGACCAGGCAUGGCUGAAAUGUUGACACCAACUAGUGCAAUAAUGGGAGCUGGUCUAGGGAAGGAGGUUGCAUUAUUGACAGACGGUAGGUUCUCAGGCGGAUCACAUGGAUUUGUAGUUGGUCACGUUUGUCCUGAAGCGCAGGAAGGUGGUCCCAUUGGUUUGAUAAGAAACGGAGACAUCAUCAAUAUUGAUGUUCAAAACAGGAGAAUUGAUGUUCAGUUAACAGAUGAGGAGAUGGCAAAGCGAAGAAAAGAAUGGAUUUCACCACCAUAUAAGGCUAACCGUGGAGUGCUAUACAAGUACAUCAAGAAUGUGCAGUCAGCUUCCAAGGGAUGUGUGACCGAUGAGUAAGGAAAGAAUAAUAUGAUAGGAGGCUUAUAGAGUUCGAUAGCGAGUUUGAGGUAUUAUGUAUCAAAGCGUGCCAGGAUCUAUGAUGAGGUUCUCUAGGACAUCUAUCUCUCUCUCUCUAGCAUGUUUAUUUUAUUUUAUUUUAUUUUAUUUUUUAUGACUGACAUUUUAAGAAGUUCCUCUUUAAGGUUUUUUCUGUAUUGAGCUCGCCAUUAUUUCACCAGCUUAAUUGUGGUGGAAAAAAAAAAAAAUGUUUAGUUGCCUCUUUCGGUUGGAAACGUUGCUCUCAAACACUCCAUUGCAUUAUAUGGUCCAAGUGUUGGAAUGUAUUAUUGUAGUAUUGCUAAUC